GAGCAAUAGACUAUAAAUUUGAUUGCGUUCGCGGUAAAUAGAUAGUAUCUUCCGCUCAGCAUUCUGUCCCAUCCUACUUUUUUUCAUAUAAAAACAAACUAAUAUUCUUUCUUAAUUGUUAUCAACAUCAUUUUGCGAGUUAUCUCUGUAUCAUACAAAAAAUGAUUCGUAUAAAAGUAUGCGUACAAUUAUUUUGGUUCUUUUUGAUCCUGCAGACAACAAAGUCGAAGAAAGAAGAUUAUGAAGUGGAGUUGGUGCAAGUUGUGUUUAGACAUGGUGAUCGAACACCAACUAAAUCAGAAUUAUAUAAAAAGUUAGCCUAUAAUCCUAUUUACGACUCGCUUGGUUAUGGUCAGUUAACCGAGGUAAGUACAUAUUAUAUUCUAAUAAUUCAUAAAGUGACUUUUUCGAUGAAAUAUAGUAAUAUAGUAAUAGAUUUUUUAUUUUUAUGCUUUUUCUUUAUCUACGUAAGGUACGAUUUCUGGAAACUAAUUUAGAUAUUGUAAUUUGAAUUCAACUUUAGCCGUACGUAAAGUACAGCAAAGUACUGGAAAAGUAUUUCUGUUUCUUGCGGAAAAUCAUUUCAACGAGUGGAAUCUUCUCUUAAAAGUCUCGCGAUUUAUUGCUAUGUCGUAUAUAUUAUAUACAUUAUGUACUUCCUUCUCACUUAUCACCUUAUUAUAAAGGUAUAAUUAUAU